CUGAGGACGGAGGCGCGUCGGAAAAACCUUCUCAUCCUGAUUCUGCAUUACCUAACCCAAGAAGGAUACAUCGAUACAGCCAAUGCUUUGGAGCAAGAAACCCAGCUGGGGCUACGGCGCUUUGAAGUUUGCGACAACAUCGACCUUGAAACCAUUUUGAUGGAAUAUGAGAGCUAUUAUUUUGUAAAAUUUCAGAAGUACCCCAAAAUUGUCAAGAAGGCAUCAGACACAGCAGAAAAUAAUCGGCUACAGAGAAGUGGAGGGAAGGCCAGAAGGGUGGCCGGCAGCGGCUGUCACAACCUUCCCAAGCUCCACCUGCAGAGGCCACGUUCCAGGACCACGGCGGGGAAGGCAGGCCACGCCACAUCCCCCACCAAGGAGCCCCCUCGACAGGACUUGGCCGACAACCCUCGCCCCGAGGGGGCUGACUUUGGUUUGAACAUAUCAAGAAUCGGCAAAGACAGCAGAGAGGAAAGCACUCGCCCACGGCGGGGUCGAGUCGUGGACUUCCGGGAGCUGCUCACAGACGCCAUCAAGGGAGCCACCGGUGACCUUGCCUUGAACACGCUUGACCGUGACCCUGACCCCUCCGAGCAGUUGCUGAAGCCUCUGAGUGCAUUCACGGGCAUGAACAGCGAGAUGAGGGAGCUGGCGGCUGUGGUGAGCCGGGACAUUUACCUCCACACUCCGAACGUGAAGUGGGACGACAUUGUGGGACUCGACGCAGCCAAGCAGUUGGUGAAGGAAGCCAUUGUGUACCCCACACGGUACCCGCGGCUGUUUACGGGAAUUCUGUCCCCCUGGAAAGGACUACUGCUGUACGGCCCUCCAGGCACAGGGAAGACGCUGCUGGCCAAAGCCGUGGCCACCGAGUGCAAAACUACUUUCUUUAACAUCUCGGCGUCCACCAUCGUCAGCAAGUGGAGAGGGGAUUCGGAGAAGCUCGUCCGGGUGUUAUUUGAACUUGCCCGCUACCACGCCCCCUCCACCAUCUUCCUGGACGAGCUGGAGUCGGUGAUGAGCCAGCGAGGCACAGCUCCCGGCGGGGAGCACGAAGGCAGCCUCCGGAUGAAGACCGAGCUGCUGGUGCAGAUGGAUGGGCUGGCGCGCUCGGAGGACCUGGUGUUUGUCCUGGCCGCGUCUAACCUACCGUGGGAGCUGGACUGCGCCAUGCUGCGCCGGCUAGAGAAGAGGAUCCUGGUGGGCCUGCCCGGCUGCGAGGCCCGGCAGGCCAUGAUCCGCCACUGGCUGCCCCCCGUGAGCACAAGCGGUGCCCUGGAGCUGCGCGCCGAGCUGGAUUACGGCCUGCUGAGCCAGGAGACAGAGGGCUACUCGGGCUCGGACAUCAAGCUUGUGUGCAGAGAGGCGGCCAUGCGGCCCAUGAGGAAGGUCUUCGAUGCCCUCGAGAACUACCGGUCAGACGGCAGCGACCUCCCUGGGAUCCGGCUGGACACAGUGACCACCGCCGACUUCCUGGAAGUGCUGGCUCACACCAAGCCCUCCGCAAAGGGCCUGACUCAGAGGUACUCAGCCUGGCAAAGAGAGUUCGAGUCCGUCUGA